AUGGCUACUCUUUCAAAGCUCUUAAAUAUGUUCAUAGUUUUGAACAUGAUGAUAUGUAUACAACACUUGGUUGUAAGUGGAAGAAGAAUUUCUAUAGAAGAGGAAGAAGAUAUUGAGAUACAAGAACAACUUAAAAUCUUGAACAAACCACCGAUCAAAACUAUUAAGAUGAGUGAUGGUGAAAUUGUCGACUGCAUUGAUGAGAAUAAGCAACCUGCCUUUGACCAUCCUAUGCUCAAAAAUCAUAAGAUCCGGUCGAGGCCUAGCUCUCCUCCAAAUGAUGCAAACCGUGGAGCAUCCUCGUCUUCAUCUCGGAAGAUGGUUAACUUAAGACGUGUUAAAUGCCCGAAAGGAACCGUCCCGAUUCGAAGAACCAGUAAAGAAGAUUUAAUUAGAGCUAAAUCUUUCAUGGAAUCAUUUGAGCCAAUAAGGCCUAUUAUUAUUAAUCCGGACGAGGAAGUAGUGGUGCCUCCGGGGCGGCAUGAUGGCGGAACUGGGGACUGGUGGUUUACUAUGUACGGGGAUAUAAACGCAGACUUCGGCUAUUGGCCAAGGGAGGUGGUUCCUUACUUAGGUACUGGUGCUACAAAAAUAUCAUGGGGAGGGUUAGUUCAAAAUACCCCACAUGAAAUAAGCCCGCCCAUGGGAAAUGGACACUUUCUGGAUGGCGACUUCAAAAAGGUUGCAGCAAUAUAUGACAUGCAUUUCAUGGAUGAGGACCAUAACCUCACAACGCCGCACGUAUGGAAGGAUUUCAGAAUAAGAGAUCACAGAGAAGACUGUUAUAGACUAACCCGCAACAACUAUGAUGAUGAUCACGGGUUUAGCGUAUUCUUUGGCGGACCUGGAGGGAAUUGUGACUAA